AUGCCUCAGGCCAGCCCAUCUGAGUCUGGCUGCUGCUUCUGCCCCCUCUCCCCCUCCCACCAGCGCCCACGCCGAUUGUCAUUGCACACAAAGGAGAUAGAUGCUUUUCUGCUGCUGUCGUGCUCGUUUAUAGAGCAUUCGUCAAAGUCGGGUUCCGACUCCUCGCCCAAAAAUCCAGGCAAGAUGGCUACCCACACCCGAAAAGACGACUUCUGCCUCGAAUGCCACUGGGAGUCCUUCCAUCUAGACGGGAAAAGCUCGGAAGAUUCGUCCGUGGCCCCUGCGUCCGACUACUGCCCUGAUAAAGAGCAUAAUGCCUCGGAGUCCCAUGUCGACGGCGCUUGCUGCGACACCGACAACUGCUCUAUUACUUGUCCCUCUGUUUGCGACGGCUUCGUUGACUGCCACGACGACGACCAUCAAGAUCCCUGCUCCGCGUCUCGAUGUGAGGAGCCGCAUUGUCAUGAUCCUGCCCCCAUCUGUUUUGAUGAGCACUGCUUUGAUCUGAACCAUAGUCCUCAGGUCGCAGACCACUCAGUAGAGUCUCUGUUUGGGCUUGGAAUACCUAUGUCUUCCGACAAGAACGACUUCACACUCCCUCUAGAGCAGUGUCAAGCUGAAGAGACGUCCAGAGCAGCUGAGCAUGCUGCAGCAGAAGUGAAUGCUCACAUGUGCGCUGGCAUCUUUUUCAAUCCAGAUUCAAUAGCAAUCACCCCCUGCCAUCCUCCUCACAGCUACCAUCAUGACCCUCACUCCGCUGGCAUCUCGCAUAUCCCGUCAGCCCAGAACAUGCUCCCGCCGUCUUUACCGAUGCAAAACGAUACCAACCCUUCCGAUGUCUUCCAUAUGCUUGGGAUGUGUCCCGAUUACUCGAACCACUUCCACGUCCAUGAAGCGUCAAACUGCCCAGAGAAUUUAGACAGCGGCGCCACGUCAAACUCCUUUACUUGCCUCCAUCUCGACGAAGACAGUAUCAACAGUCUAAUGAAAAACCCUAUCUACACAAGCAACAAUCUUCCUGCAAAAGGACCUUGCCGGUCGAACCAUCGUUGCCGAACUCACUACCUCGCACACGCUCAUCACUACUCUCCUUACGCCCGUCACUCCCGAUCAAGCUUCAGUUCACAGACACUCCCUAGCCCUGGUGAAACACCACCUCCGUUAGACGGUGGUAUAUCCUCGGUAAUAACUAGCCCAGACUUUCCCCCGGCAGACGGCGAGAUCCAUGUCUGCAAAUGGGUUUCAAAUUCCCAUGGAGUCAAAGCCAGCUGUGGCGAUACCUUCUCGAGUCCUUGUGCUCUUCAAGAGCACCUCGUUUCGCAGCACAUGGGUCCUGUCAAUGGCGCCAAGGGAACUGGAUACUACUGCUGCUGGGAAGGCUGCGGCCGGCCUGGGGAACCGUUUUCGCAAAAGUCAAAACUACAGGGCCACUUCCUUACGCACAGCAAUUACAAAAAUUUUCGAUGCUCGGUCUGCGGAAAACUCUUCGCUCGGCAAGCGACUCUCGAGCGCCACGAACGAAGCCAUCGCGGCGAGAAGCCAUACAAAUGUACAGUAUGUGGCAAGUCAUUUACAGACAGCAGUGAAUUAAAAACCCAUUCACGAACUCAUACUGGCGAGAAGCCCUUCAAGUGCACCUUUCCUGGAUGCACCUUCCAGACCGGCGAUUCUUCAAAUAUGUCCAGUCACAGGCUUACUCACGGCGAACGGAGACACAAAUGCGUCCACCCCGGAUGUAACAAGAGCUUCACUCGGCCUGACCAACUCAAACGACACAUGCGCUCGACACACAAAACAGAACUCCAGAUUCCCACCCCACUUCUUGGGUCCACGUCUCCAACAGACAGCCAACUCGCACUUCAGGCUACUUUCGGCAUGGCUUAA